AUGGAUAGCAAUAUGAACUACUCAUCUUUCUCGAAUAAAAAAUUCACAGAAUCAAAAAUAAUAAAAUUUAUUAGUACCCUAUGGUUCGUGGCAGUGAAACUACCGAUAGAGCUCCUGAAAGCGCUAUUUUUCAAGUCUAAGGCUGAUGUUGGAAUCGUGCCUAGGACGGCAAAUAACCAUCAGUACGAAACCAUGUCUUUGACGGAACUGAUGACGGAAUCUUAUUUGAUGGAGGACUUUUCGCCAUUUGAAACUUCUGAGAAGUAUGCGAGACUAUAUUAUUCGCCGGCAUUGGGUCUGGUGGUAUCACUGAUUGUAUUCGGUACAGUAAUGAGGUUGAACUUCUUUAGAAAGAGUUCCCAUUUCAUAGUGAAUGAUAGAGAGAAAUAUAAAUCGUUCGACAAUCCGAAGAGCGGACAUCAGCUUGAUCUGGAGAACAUUCCUAUUGAGUACGAUGAAGAGCUCAACAGCUGGUGUACGUUGGACUGCUCGAGGGUCGUCACGGAACUCAAGAACGAUGCAUGGGUCGUUAAUGAUAUCCCGCUGGCAGGACUACCCAAGCGAAGAGACAAUUAUGCCGCACUUGCCGCCAGAUCACUGAUUUUUCAUGAAGACAGAAGUAAAGUAAAUCUGGCAGGAGCUUAUAGUGCGUAG